UACCACCACCGUGUGGUCAAAUGUUACAACUACCCCAAAACCGUUCUGCCUUGCUCCCAUACCCUUCUGCAACUAGAGAGCGGACAUGUUAUCCCUGUCAUAACGGAUAGUUGGAUACUUAGUGCAGGGAUUUGCUGCUAAGGGAAAUCAUGGACGCCGUAAACGCUUUCAACCAUGAGCUGUUCUCCUUGAUGGACAUGAAGCCCCCAAUAUCUCGAGCCAAGAUGAUAUCCAUCACCAAGUCAGCCAUCAAAGCUAUGAAGUUGUAUAAACACGUGGUUCAGAUUGUUGAGAAGUUCAUUAAAAAGUGUAAGCCGGAGUACAAGGUGGCAGGUCUAUAUGUUGUGGACUCCAUCGUCCGACAGUCUCGUCAUCAGUUUGGCAUGGACAAGGACGUGUUCGGGCCACGGUUCACCAAGAACAUCACGGGAACGUUUGAGAACCUCUGUCUCUGUCCCACUGAAGAACGGAGUAAGAUAGUGCGUGUGUUGAAUCUGUGGCAGAAGAAUGGUGUGUUUAAGAUGGAGAUUAUCCAGCCUCUUCUAGAUAUGGCUACAUCUGGUUCCAGCAGUGCUGCAGCUGCAGACACCGAGAUGGACGACCCAGACCCAGGUUUCCCCUCAUCCCCGUCACCAGUUAAAGGUCCGGUCACCUCAGUAACGGAAAACACUGUUGUGCCGCCUGUCCCUCAGCUUCAGAACUCUGACGCAUUCGCCGCUGUCGCUCAGCUCUUCCAGUCUUCAAAGGGACAACAGCUUCAUCAAAUGCUCCAGAACUUCCAACAAAAUCCGUUAAAGCCUCAGACUCAUCCCUUCCCGCCCCAGACCCACAGCCACCACCAUGUUCAACCCCAGCCCCAUCCCCAGGCUCAGCCCCAUCCCCAGGCUCAGCCCCAGGCUCAGCCCCAUCCCCAGGCUCAGCCCCAUCCCCAGGCUCAGCCCCAGGCUCAGCCCCAGGCUCAGCCCCAUCCCCAGGCUCAGCCCCAUCCCCAGGCUCAGCCCCAUCCCCAGGCUCAGCCCCAUCCCCAGGCUCAGCCCCAUCCCCAGGCUCAGCCCCAUCCCCAGGCUCAGCCCCAUCCCCAUCCCCAGGCUCAGCCCCAUCCCCAUCCCCAGCCGCAUCUCCAGGCUCAACCCCAUCUCCAGGCUCAACCCCAGCCCCAUCCCCAGCCGCAUCUCCAGGCUCAACCCCAUCCCCAUCUCCAGGCUCAACCCCAGCCUCCAGCCAACCUCCACCACCUCCACUCCCAGCCCCAUCUCCAGUCCCUCACCCCCGCCCCAGGUACGGCCGCUCAGCGACUCCCCCUCCCCUCCAGCGAGCCCACCAAGCAGAAAACGGCGUUUGACAAGGUGGCUACGCUGUUGGACCGUUUUGACUAUGACGAUGAGCCUGAGGGUGCCGACGAAUCAAAGAAGGACCAGACAUCUUUUACCCAGCAGCCUCCAGGUUUCCCCCAGCACUUUCAACAACACAUGAUGGGCAUGAUCCAGGACCUCACACACCAGAUAUCUCUCCCUCCUAACGGCCAGCUCCAGGGCUAUGGUUUGCUGCCGGGCCAGGCCUACCCAGGAAUGGUGGGUCCUCCAGGCCAGCCCCUCCCUGGUACAGGACCUCCAGGCUUCCCUGGGGGAUACCCUCCAAACAAGGACGCCUUCGGCCAACACAUGGGCCAGCAAGAACAGGAUAUGAAUAUGGACCUUGAGCCUCCCUCCAUGAAGGAUGGACGACACCGACCAGAUGGCAGGAAGUCACCAUCAGGAUCUAGGUCUCCUAAGAGGAGACGGUCGCGGUCCAACUCUAGAACACAACGGUCCAGAAACAGACGCUCUCGUUCACGGUCCAGAGACCGUCGCAGACACUCCCCACGGUCACGCUCCCAGGAACGCAGGGAGAGAGAGAAGGAGAAGGAGAAAGAGAGGGAUAGACGGCAGAAAGGAUUGCCACAGCCCAAGGCAGACACGCUGAGCGUGUGUAGUACCACUCUGUGGGUGGGUCAGUUGGACAAGAGAACACAGCAGCAGGACGUAGCCUGUCUACUGGAGGAGUUUGGCCAGAUCGACUCCAUCAACAUGAUUCCUCCUCGAGGUUGUGCCUACAUCGUGAUGGUCCACAGACAGGAUGCGUUCAGAGCUCUGCAGAAACUCAGCAGAGGAUCCUACAAAGUCAACCAGAAAGCCAUCAAGAUUGCGUGGGCAUUGAAUAAAGGUAUCAAGGCAGAGUUGAAGCAGUACUGGGAUGUGGAGCUCGGCGUUACCUUCAUCCCCUGGUCUAAGAUACGACAGGACCAGAUAGAGGACAUCAGAGAAGGAGGGACGCUGGACCCAGACACACUGGACCCAGAGUGGAGGAGUGUUCAGAACAACCAGGAGACACCAGAGGAGUUCAGACAAAAUGGCCGCUCUGAGCCGUUAGCCACGGUGGAGGACACAGCUGGGACCGCACCUGUAGCCACUCCGGUACAUCCGGUACAGGUACAGUCCAUGGGAGGUGUAGGUUCUCUCCAGCAGCACCCCUCCUUCCCCCCUGGCCCUCCUGGUGGUCCCCCCAUGGGCCUGCCUCCCCCUUCCUUCCCCCCUGGUGUCCCACCCGGACCUCCUCCGUCCUUCAUGAGACCGGGGCCAAGGUUCAACCCCAUGCAGAUGAUGCCACCAGGUUUCCUUCCGCCUGGGUCGAUGCCCCUGGGCCCCUCUGGCCCCCCUCCCUCAGCAGCAGGAGGUGUAGGGGUAGUUGAGCUUUCUCUGGAUCCAGCCGGCCUGGCAUGGAGUCCUGAGCGAACCUCUGUGGAAGACAAGGACCACACAUACCAGCACAGCGGACUGCCAUGUAACCAGGUGCCUGGUCCUCCAGGGGGCUCACCAGGCGGUCCCAUCCCACUGUCUGGAGGUCUUCUUGGGGCUCGCCCCGGCAUGAUCCCCCUCCAGCGCCCCCCAGUCCACUCUCCUGGUCCGGUCCUCCCCCCACCUCACAUGCAGCGCUUCCCUCCUCCCCACGGUGGCCCACAUGGCCCCCACCCCCCUCGGGGCCCCCCCCACCACAACAUGCCACCCCAGAUGAUGCCCCCCAACAGGGGCCCCCACCCUCACAUGAUGCACCACGAUGGCCCUCCUCCGCCGCCCGGGGGCCCACGGGGGUUUGGGAUGGGCAUGCCCCCUUCCCAUCCCAUGAGGGGUCCCUUCCCUCCCCACGGGCCCCUCCCUGGGGGGCCCCCACCACCCUUCAUGAGGGGGGGCCCUCGAGGGCCAGAUGGGCCGGAGGAGAUUGAGGGGAGGGGGCCCUUCAGGGGGGAGAGACCUGGGUUUAGGGACAGAGAUCCAGACAGGGAGAGAGAGAGGGACUGGGAGAGGGAUAGAGAGAGGGAGAGUGACUGCUACAGAACAGCCUGUGGUGGCGUGUGUAUCUGA